CCAUAAAACUCGUAUCCACUAGACAUCGGCAACCGUUGAACCGGUCGCAGUUUUUAUCACCAGCGAACAACGAAGAGUUGAGGUGACGGAGGAUGGCGUCGGGAUGGGGGAUAACGGGAAACAAAGGCCGCUGCUAUGAUUUCUGGAUGGACUUUAGUGAGUGCAUGUCUCGCUGCCGAGAGCCCAAGGACUGCGCUCUUCUCAGAGAAGAUUACCUGGAGUGCCUCCACCACUCCAAAGAGUACCAGCGCAGGAAUCGGAUCUACAAGGAAGAGCAGCGUCAACUAAGAGCGGCUACGCAUAAGGAAAAGGAAGGUGGACAUGGUGAUGGGGGAACGCAUCACUGAGUUAAUUUUUCAUUUUUGGCAGUUUUUAUGACCAUAAGCAUUUCGAGUUCUAUGAAAAUAAAGAAUUAACCAUCUGUAUUUCUGUGUGAACGGGAAUUGUGGAAGCCUGCCUUCCCUGCCCUUCUUGUAUUCAUUGGUAACAAGGAAUGAUGACAUCCAUUUUAAGCCUCCCAGUCUGCGGCAUACUGUGUGGCAGUGAUCUUCUGUUUUUACCUUCUCUUCUAAAUCAAUGAUCAUCAUGUUUUUCAGCAAUCUUC